GGGUCUGUGUUUUUUCUUUAAUGCCAGAGGCUCUGGUAAGUUGUGUUAAUGAAAAAAUGUGUGACAUGUGAACCCCACAGGCGUCACAGCCAUGGCUAAUGAAACCUGAUCUGCAUUGCCUGAAGGGGUGGAUCUGUACAAUGAAAGCGCUUCCACUAUGGGCUCCCGGGCUGCUGCAACCUGGUACCGCUGCCUCCCAGCGCUCUGCUCCGGGACGGCGCUUCGGGUCGCUCCGGUGCUCAGACCCGCGUCCUUCGCUUCCAUCCCGGCCAGAAGAAACCUGAACGUGCAGACAGCAACUGAGGCGGUUAAGCUGAAGAGCAUUGAUGACUUACCGGGGCCCAGCCGGUCCACCAGUAUGUACUGGCUGUUGGUCAAAGGAUACGCGGAAAAGAUGCACUUAUUGCAGGGCUUACAGAAGCGUCUGUAUGGGCCCAUCUGGCGCUCCAAGUUUGGCCCUUUUGACUUAGUCAAUGUGGCGACUCCUGACCUCAUUGCUCAGGUGAUCCAGCAGGAAGGCCGCUACCCAGUCCGAAUGGAGAUGCCCCACUGGAAGGAGUACAGGGAGCUGAGGGGCCAGGCCUAUGGACUCCAUGUAGAAACAGGACCAGAGUGGUACCGCAUCCGCAGUGCCCUGAACCCCAAGAUGCUGAAGCUACAGGAGGUAUCGGUCUAUGCCUCCACCAUCCAGCAGGUGAUUGGAGAUCUGCUGCAACGCAUUGAGCUCUUACGAACUCGCAGUCAGGACCAAGCCACAGUUUUGGACGUGGCAGCUGAGCUCUACAAGUUUGGCUUUGAAGGUAUAUCCUCCAUCCUGUUUGAGACCAGACUGGGGUGCCUGCAGGAGGAGAUUCCCCAUGAGACUCUUCGCUUCAUCAAGGCUGUUAACGACAUGCUGACGUUUGCUGACAUGGUGCUUCUCUUCCCACGAUGGACCCGCAACAUCCUCCCCUUCUGGAAACGCUUCGUUCAGGCCUGGGAUGACCUCUAUGAAGUAGCUCAGAUGCUUAUCGACAGACGAAUGGCUGAAAUUGAAGCUCAGGUGAGCAGGGAUGAGCCUAUAGAGGGCAUGUACCUGACCAACCUGCUGUCUUCUGACAAGCUGACCAAAGCGGAAGUCUACAUAAGCGUUACAGAGCUGAUGCUGGGAGGAGUCGACACGACGUCCAACACCUUGUCGUGGGCUUUGUAUCACUUAGCGAGAGACAGCAGGGCUCAGGAUCGACUUUACAGCGAGGUGAAUUCGGUUUGCCCUGACAAGCGGGAGCCAACCAUGGACGACCUGAGCAGGAUGCCCUUCCUGAAGGCCGUCAUAAAGGAGACAUUACGCCUGUAUCCAGUGGCUCCUGGAAACGCACGCCUUGUUUCGGAGAACGAGGUGAUUCUGGAUAACUACUGGUUCCCAAAGAAGACUCAGUUCCAUCUGUGCCAUUAUGAAGCCUGCCACGAUGAGUCCGAGUUCCCAAAUGCAGAGCACUUCCUCCCAGAGCGGUGGUUUCGCAGUGACACGCCGAAUAGCUGCAGCGACAGAGCCAGGCCCGGCUUCUACCAGCAUAACCCUUACAGCUUCAUCCCGUUCGGUGUCGGGGUGCGAGCCUGUGUGGGGAAGAGGGUGGCAGAGAUGGAGAUGCACUUUGCUCUGUCCAGGCUGAUGCAGCAUUACGAGAUCCAGCCUGAAGAUGGUGCACCGACCGUGGAGGCCAAAACUCGGACGCUGCUCAUCCCCGCUAAGCCCAUCAACCUGCGCUUCCUCCCCAGAGCCUGAAGAUGGCACCAGUGAUGGCAAGCAGCUCGUGCAUUCACAAUAAAAGUGCUCCCAGAAGUUUCUUUCUCAGUGUAACUUUAGUUUGAGCAACAGGCUAAAACUGCACAGAGGUACAAAUGAGUAAUUAGAUAAAAAUUUAAGGCCAGUUCUGUUGUUUGCCAAUCUGGGUGUGGCGCACUAACGCAUGGUGCAGAUUCCUGUCAGCAGCCGCAUUUAACAAAUUUCAGCAGUGAUGGUAGUGAGUAAAUCCUCAAGCCAGGUUGACACAUGCAGGGAUUUCUCUUUAGGAACACAUUUAAUGGGCACAUUUAUAAUUUUAAAGAAAUAAGCACAUAAUUUAUCUACAUAUUUAUCUUUAUAUGUAUUUCUUUAUAUUUCCUUAGCUAACGUCUAUUAUGGUCUUCCUUUAUUAUUUGAUAGUUGUUAUCAUUUUAAUUAAGAUCCCUUCUUAGUGUCCAGUUUUUUUUUCCAUGUUUUUUGUGGCUACAUUUGUUUUUUUCUGCAUGCUUUGUGUCAUUUCCUGUUUUGUUUUGGCAAUUUCUCUCUCUGUGAGUCUCUGACUACCGCCUCACAAUGGAAGUAACGUAACCAAAGAGUCUAAAAAGUUUCCUUCUGAAGGAGAAUUCAUCAAAAACAAAUGAAACCCACAGUGCUUGGUACCAGACUGUACUGGUGGACUACUAAAAGUGCAUCUUAGUUACAUCACCACAUGAAUUCCUGAUGUUUCAUGCAGACUGUAAACGAGGACAGUCGAGAGGGCUGAAGCCCAUCCUAGCAGUCUUAGGGCGAGGCAGGGUACACCCUGGACAGGCCUAUUUUACUUCCACUCAUUACUUACUUACCAUCUUACUUACUUUACUUACUUACAUUUUACUUUACAUACUUUACUUUCUUUAAUUACUUUUGGUCUUUACCUACUUAUUUUCUUUCUUUCUUUGCUUACUUUCCUUACUUCAAUUUUACUUUUGUAAAUUACUUUCUUACUUUACUUACUUACUUACUUUCUCCGUUACAUCCUCACUUACUUUAUUUAACUGCUUACUUGUUUUCACAGUUACAGAACAUGUUAAUGUUAAACCAAAAAUAUAAUAUGCAAAUGUGUGAGAUUACAGCAAAACUGCAAAUUUACCAUAUGUUAUAAAAACAAGAAAAAAACAAAUAUUUAAAAACCUGCCAAAAUCUUUCCUAAAACCACAAAUUAUAUUGUAAUUCUUUAGGCAAAAAACAAACCGAAUUAAUGCUUUUAUACCCAGAUUGGAGCAGGCACACUGAACGUCUCUGAGGAGGUAUAAAUUAAUAAAGUAUACAUUUGUUUUUAUUUUUAGGAAAAGUAAAGUAAUAAUAUGAAUUUGGCACAGUCUUGUUGUUGUAAGAUCCUCUGAGCACCGUGCUUCUCUUUUUCCAAACUCCUUCCAAUUAAUUCUCCUUCUCAUGUUUCUGGGAGUUUUUUUUCUUUUCAUUUCAUAAAAACAAAACAAAAUAAACCCUGUUUGCUUUGCUUCCUUUGUGAGUGUUUUCCUACCGUCAUUAGUUUCACCUAUAUAUACAUAAACAUACAUAGACCAACCAUGUCAGUCUGUAUCGUUUAUCUUUUUGUUUUCCUGGAAUUCUGUUUAGUUUUAGCCCUCUGAACUAGUUCUGGAUUUUCUGAGAGUUUUUCGGCCAUUAAAGGCAUGUUUUUUUUGUUUUUUUAAACCUCCUUUAGGUUUGUGCAUGUGGCUCCUUAGUUUAUUAACCCGUAACAGUAUUUGCAAAACAGAUGUUAUUAGUUUUUAGUUACUACUCAAGUAUAACUUCUUUGCACUGUCAGAUCUGAGAGUACACUGGCUGUUAAAGCCGUUUAAACACAAUACUUUAUUUCCUUUCAUUAACUUUUACACUGACUUUGAGUUUGACAUUGACUUUGGCUAAAGUGAAUCUCUGAAGUCUUUGAUGAUGAACUAGUAAAGUGAAAUUCUCCCUUUAAAGUUUUUAAAGAUUUUAUUUGUGCAUGUAUUUACACACAAAAGAGCUGUUUUAUCUUUCAUAAACAUAUUUGUGCAGGAAGUAAUUUAAUAUCUUUCUUCCUCUUUCAGAGAAGCCAGAAAGAGAGAAAAUGGACUUCUCUGCAGAGUUGUUCACACAAAAUUUAACCUAAUGCCCAAAUCUUGCCUUCUGCAUUAUAUAAUCACUGUAAUUGUAUAACAAUGAGUCCUAAUAUAAAACACUCUGUGUGUGUGUGAAAA